AUGGUUGUGAGUCUUGCUGAAUCCGAAACUACUGACUAUAAAUCAUCUUCACAAAUUCAAACGACUUCGAGAGAAUCGUUUAAUCCACAUACAACGAAAUGGUCAGAUGUUAACUUAGUUAAGUUUGGAGCUCUCAUCACUGUUGCAUCAACUAUUGAAAAUGCUGUCUUCUAUCCGUUUUAUGUUCUUAAAACACGUGAGCAAAGUGAUCGUCGCAAUCUAUCACUGUUAAAAUCAUUCCGAUGUCAUCUCUCUGCUACUCUAUCAAAAUCAAAUAAUAGCAAAGGCCCUUCUUUAUUUCGUGGCUUCUGGUUCUCAAACAUGACGAGUAUACCAGCAUAUGGAAUUUAUUUAGGUAUUUAUCUGUCUUCUAAAGAUCAACUUAAUGCAUCUGCAAAUGUUUCGGCUCAAUUUUAUGCGCCAUUCAUUGCUGGUGCUCUUGCUGAUGUUGUAAGUCUUUUAUUCUACGUACCAAGUGAUGUUAUUGUACAACGUCUACAAAUAGCUAAUAGUCCAUAUAAAUCAUCGUUAGAUGCUGUCCGUAAAAUCUAUAAAUGUGACGGUAUGAAAGGGUAUUAUCGAGGUCUUGGCGCAACAUUUAUUGUCAGUAUACUUGCUUCAUCGAUGUGGUGGACGGUCUAUGAAAAUAUCAAACAUUUUCUUUAUCGUCCAUCGAUAUUACCUUAUUUCAUAUGGUCAAAAUCAUCGGAUGAUCAAACAGCUGAAAUACAUCGAAUUCCACAAUUUACAGCUGGUUUCAUUGCUGGUACAGUUACGUCGACUUGUGUUAAUCCAUUGGAUGUAGUGAAAACACGUAUUCAAACACAAAAUAUUCAUACGUUAGGUACAACAGCGUCCACAAUAAUGUAUAAAAAUAUUUUUCAUGGACUUAAAUGUUUAUGGCGUGAAGAAGGUGUAAAUGGAUUGCUCAGAGGUGUACUACCGAAAUUAGCAUCGAGAGGGCCACUGUCAGCUUUUAGUGCACUUGUAUUUGAACUUGUGCUUUACUAUUCAAGGGAUGAUCUUCAUGCGUUUUAA